UGUUUACACAAAAAAAUGCAGGAUUUCAAAGAUAAAGAGCUUACUUCAACAAUUUGGUCUAAUAAAAAGGGUCAUGUGGCUCAGGCAAGACAGCAAGGAGAAUACGAGACUCUCCACCGUGACUUAAAUAUUGGAUUUGGUAAAUGGGAUUUUAGUCUUUUGGAUCUUGAAAACCCAUUUCCAAAUAAUGAAGCUUCUGUCCAUCUUCUUUGGCAUAGAGAGGAAGAUUUGAUGGUGCCUGUUAUAGUGCAACGAUACAUCGCCGAAAAUCUUCCCUGGAUUCAGUAUCAUGAACUCAAAGGAUCUGGUCACUUGUUCCUUUAUCUUGAUGGUAUGAGUGAUACUAUCAUUAAGUCACUUUUAGGUGCAAAGUAGGCUUCUAUGUUAUGGUUAGUGACUGUUCUGUUCUG